UCGCGGGAGGGGCCCUGCUGCGACUGCGUCCCCUCGGGUCCUUGAGCCGGUGCUGACAGCGGAGCCAUGGCCUUGAGGCUGCUGAGACUGGUCCCCGUGUCCGCGACCUCCCGGGGCCUCGCGGCGGUCGUCCAGCGCGUGGGAGGAAUUCACACAAGUGUCCAGUGCAAGCUGCAGUACGGCCCGCUGGCGUACCUGCUUGGUGAAAGAACGACCAAAAAGCUGACGGGAAAGAGCAAAGUGAUAACUGUGGACGGCAACAUAUGUUCGGGGAAAGGCAGGCUUGCAAAAGAAAUAGCAGAGAAGCUAGGCCUGAAGCACUUUCCCGAGGCGGGGAUCCAUUAUGCAGCCAGCACCACUGGGGAUGGGAAACCCCUGGACAUACAGCUCAGCAGCAACUGCAGUUUGGAGAAGUUUUACGACGACCCGAAAAGUAAUGACGGCAACAGCUACCGCCUGCAGUCCUGGUUGUACGCCAGUCGCCUCCUGCAGUACGCGGACGCCUUGGAGCACCUGCUGAGCACAGGGCAGGGUGUGGUGCUGGAGCGCUCCGUCUACAGUGACUUUGUCUUUGUGGAGGCGAUGUACCGACAGGGCUUCAUCCGGAAGCAGUGUGUGGACCACUACAACGAGGUGAAGAAGGUCACCAUUUGCGAGUACCUGCCCCCUCACGUGGUCAUCUACGUCGACGUGCCCGUUCCCGAGAUCCAGAGCCGGAUCCAGAAGAAGGGAAACCCACAUGAGAUGAAGAUCACCUCCGCCUACCUUCAGGGCAUCGAGAAUGCCUAUAAGAGGACCUUCCUUCCUGAGAUGAGUGAAAACUGUGAGGUUUUACAGUACAGUGCAAGGGAAGCUGAAGAUGCAGAAAAGGUGAUCGAGGAUAUUGAGUAUCUGAAGUAUGAGAAAGGCCCGUGGCUGGACCAGGACGACCGCACUUUCCACAGUCUGAGGAUGCGGGUUCAGAACAAGUUGGAGGUGCUGAAUUACACAACCAUUCCUGUGUACCUCCCAGAGGUCACCAUCGGCUCUCACCAGAGCGACCGGGUCUUCCACGAGUUCAAGGAGCUGCCGGGCCGCAGGUACAGCCCUGGGUACAACGAGGACGUGGGGGACAGAUGGAUCUGGCUGAAGUGACGGCCGCCUCCGUGGAAGCUGCCUCGCGAGGAUGGAGGUGCACCCGGGCCGCCUGACUCCCCUGGACUCCACGUAGCUUAACAUCGGGGGUGGGAGUGAAUGAUCCUGAAGUUGCACAGUGGAAGAAACGGCCCAGCAGACAGCAGUCUGCCCUGCAGUGUACUUACGGGAGUGGAAGGAGGCGCCCCCAUUUAAAGGGGGGCCCUCCAGCUUUAUUCUGGGACGAUGAUCACUGGGGAGAAACAGUCUGCUGUGAAAGAGCAGGUGUCACUUGGAGAAUCUCAUUUCGUCACAGUCAUGCUCUGUGUCAGGCAGGUUUUGUACACUGUGUGUUCAGACUUCAAGAAAUAAAACCGUUCCUGUGGCA